ACGGAGACCGCUGUCAGUACAAUUUAGAGGUGUCAUUCGAACAAUUCAGAAGUGAACUGUGAAUGCGCUUUUGUAUCGGUUAAGGUGAUCCUUAGUAAAGGCAUUAACACUAAACAUUAAUACGAUUAUUCAAAAAGGUGCAAUUAUUGCCUUAUAAGGAUAUCUUAAUUAAAAAUAUGUCAACAUCGUGGUUAGCGAUCUUUACGAUUAUCUGUCUCUGUGCACUGUGGGGAAGUGGUGAAGCGCGCCCGCAAGCACCCGAGCUUCCUGAACCGUAUGAAUAUCAGUUUGAAGUGAAAGACUCUGAAAAAGAACUGUUCUUCAAUAAAAACGAAGCAGGAGAUGCUUCUGGAAAGGUAAAUGGACAAUACUCUGUUUGGCUGCCAGAUGGUCGUUUAAUGACAGUCGUCUAUACAGUAGAUGCUGAAAAUGGUUUUCAACCUGUAGUAUCCUUCGAUACCAAUAACCCGCUUGGUUAAUUUGGUCUCACUUUUAAAAUUUUAUUAGAUACCUAAUAUGCCUAAAAUAAUAACAAACUAUUCCAGGCUUAUAUAUGCUUUUGCUUUGCCAUUCUUUUGCUUUGAAAUACACACACACAAAUUAACAAAUAUAGGUUUAAUAUAUUUAUAUCUAUACUUAUAAAUAUAAUACAUAUAUACUCAAUGUCUUCUUAAUCUUCUUCGUUAUCCGCUACUCUAUGUUAUAUAUUAUAUAUCGAAACGCCAAAAUAUAUAA